CAUGUGAUAAAUAAUUGUUAAUAAUGUCUGAGAAAUCAAAAACUUUUAAUGAUGUUGAUGAAACUAAAUUAGAGGCAACGCCUGGUGUUUCACAGAAAAAAUUCAAUGGUUUUCGAGAUUUGCUCCUAAAAUGGUUUCAGACGUUUACAGGACACAAUUCUGAAUGCAUCUCAUCAUUCAACAGCUUUAUCAAGUUUAUGCACACGCCAACAGAUGCUGCGGCGCUCGGAGUUGGCCGAAUGUUGUUUGGACUCUGCAUGUUAAUUGACAUUCCCGAUGAACGUGGUGGCGGCGAACUCGAUCUCAAAUGGGGUGAGCCCCGCGAUUGUCGUUUUCCGUUGUUCCCCUUUUUGGCUCCAUUGAAUCUCGCAAAAAUGGCAAUUGUGUAUGGCGUGAUGUAUUGCGGUGCAAUCGGAAUUUUUCUCGGUUAUCGAUUUAAAAUAUCGUCGCUAAUGUUUAUCGUCACAUAUUGGUACAUCUUUUUGCUGGAUAAAAGUGUUUGGAAUAAUCACAGCUAUCUCUAUGGACUACUUGGCGUGCUAUUUGCUGUUACAAGUGCUAAUCGAUACUGUUCAGUGGAUGCUUGGUUGGAUCCGACAAUGAAACCGGAAGUGCCGUUCUGGAAUUAUUUUUUGCUCAAAUUUCAGUUUUUCCUUCUUUAUUUUUACGCUGGUGUGAAGAAACUUUGUCCUGAGUGGCUUUCUGGAUAUGCGAUGACUAACUUGAGCUAUCAUUGGGUCUUUACGCCUUUCAGACUAGUACUUGGUCCCUAUUUAACAGAUUUGCUGAUAGUACACUGGUUUGCUUGCUUUUUUGACUUGACAAUCGCCUUUUUUCUGAUUUACGAACCAUUACGAGUUUGGGCGACUCCAUUUUGUGUCUCCUUUCAUCUUAUGAAUUCCCGACUUUUCCGCAUUGGGAUGUUCCCGUGGACCUGUCUCGCUGAGUUGCCAUUAUUUUAUCAUGUGGAUUGGCCACGGAAAGUUUUGGCGAAAUGUCAAAAGUUUUUCGGAUAUAAAUCUGCAGCUGUAGAAAAGCAAGAAAAUGCCAAGAAAAAAAUUUUUACAGUUGAGGAAGUGGUGGAUGAUCUGCAAGAUUUAUGUGGACCGUGCAAAUUCAAGCAGAAGCAACGAAAAAUGUACAAAAAACAACGGAAGACGGUUCUUUUAAUUUUUGCUUACAUGAUUUUGCAGCUAUUUCUGCCAUUUUCGCAUUUUAUCACGAAAGGUUAUAACGGAUGGACUGAAGGUUUGUACGGCUACUCGUGGGAUAUGAUGGUCAAUGCAUGGGAUACUGUUCUUAUCUCGAUCCGCGUUGUCGAUAACUCGAACGGCAAGCAUUUGUAUUUGGAACCUUAUGCAUAUGCCGAGUCCGAUCGAUGGACCAAGCAUCCUGACAUGGCGUACCAAUAUGCGCAGUGCAUCAAUCAACGACUCCAGGAAGAUUUUCGUGCGCGACGCAAUCUUUUGCUCAAUUCCAGUGACAUUUCCAUUUAUUUUGACAUCUGGACCUCCAUGAACGGCCGAUUCCAACAGAGAUUUUACAACCCGUAUCAGGAUAUGGUGAAGGCCAAAUGGAGUCCUUUUGCGAAAACGGACUGGGUUUUGCCGAUAAUCACGGAAAUGACGUCGAUGCGACCUGAAAUGAAGCGAAUCGAGCAAUCUGUGCUCGGAUGGAGUAAUUUUACGGAUCUCUUGUUCAUUGCGGACUUUCCGGGAUUUCAUAUGGAACAUUAUAUGCCACGUGAAUUGGAUAAUGUGACGUUAACUGUUUUGCAGGGAGCUGUCAAGCACGAACAGGAACAUAGUUCAAAAGUCUCAAUUAUCACCAAAGGCAAAAGUAUCCCGUUAAAAACAGAAAUUUUCCAUAAAAUUCAAGUUAUUAGUAAAACACCGUCGAGCUACAUUUUCACAUUUGUCAAUCAAACGAUGGCAAAAAUGGCAGAAACGGGAACACCGGAUGAAUUUUCUGAAGUAAAAGUGGAAAAACCGAUGUUACCGUUGUGGACAGAACUCAAAGCACGUUUGAUGGAUUUUCGUAGAUUUUUGAUUCACGUUGGAAAUGGAUUACUUUUUGAGCUGUAUGGAGUGCCGAUGCCACGAAGGGUGCGAGAAAUUGGAAAUGACUAUGCGGAAAAAUGAUACACAACAACUACUGCAGAUUGUAAUUGUCAAAUUUAGUUGAUUGAUAAAAAUAGUUUUAAUUUUUUCUCUCUUUUUCCUCAUCAAAAUCCUGAUAAAUUCAAAAUUCAUUAAAGCCAUUAAAUUUAAUGAUUUCAAUAGGUAACCCCCCUCUCCGAUUUUGUCGAAAACAUUCUGGGGGAAAAAUAAAAAUUAUUAGAAAAAAAGAGAGUUUUUGACAUUUUUGGUACUUUUUG